CCAUACGAUACAUGCCAAGUGCGUACACCACAUUUGUCGUAAAAAAACAGCGGAAACAUUUUCAAGCUAACCUCUAACCCAAAAACGCUGCACGUGUUGGGUUAUUGUGUGCGUUUUAAUCAGUGAACGACGCAAGUGCUCCAAAUACCCAACGUGGGUUACUUUUUUUAGUGUGCCAAGACGCUCCCGCGUGUGAAUAAUAUACGCGCAUAUUAUAUUCGUCCAAAAUGACGGAAGUACUUCAACCCGGUCCGGACGUUUUGUCUGAGAAAAAGAAGAAGAAAAACAAGGAUACCGUGUCAUUGGGCGCGUUUCAGAAGCUCGGAGACUUUAAGAUCGAGCCCUCCGAGAAUGUGAAGAAGCUAGACACAGCGUACUGGCCGUUGUUGCUGAAAAACUUCGAUCGUCUCAACGUGCGAACUAACCACUACACGCCGCUGCCGUUCGGACACUCGCCUCUGAAGCGCCCUAUCACUGACUACAUCAAGUCUGGCUUCAUAAACGUCGAUAAACCGAGUAACCCGAGCUCCCACGAGGUAGUUUCAUGGAUAAAACGUAUUCUGAAAGUGGAAAAGACGGGUCACUCGGGCACGCUCGACCCCAAGGUGACGGGAUGUCUGAUCGUGUGCGUGGACCGCGCGACGCGGCUGGUGAAGUCGCAGCAGAACGCCGGCAAGGAGUACGUGGCCGUAUUCAAUCUUCACUCAGCUGUGGAGAGCAUCAAAAAAGUGACUCAAGGUUUAGAGAAGCUACGAGGCGCGCUGUUCCAGCGCCCGCCUUUAAUCUCCGCCGUGAAGCGACAACUUCGUGUCCGUUCAGUGUACGACAGCAAACUUCUUGAUUUUGAUGCUGAAAGAAACAUUGGAGUAUUCUGGGUCAGCUGCGAGGCUGGCUCGUACAUCAGAACAAUGUGCGUCCAUCUCGGACUCAUGUUGGGAGUCGGAGGACAGAUGAUUGAGCUCAGAAGAGUGCGGUCUGGCAUCCAGGGAGAAGGAGAAGGCAUGGUCACUAUGCAUGAUAUCUUAGACGCUCAAUGGGCUUACGAAAACCACAAAGAUGAGACCUACCUCCGUAGGGUCAUCAAGCCUCUCGAAGGUCUCCUAAUAGCGCAUAAGAGGAUCUUUGUGAAAGACAGCGCCGUCAAUGCUAUCUGUUACGGAGCCAAAGUCCUUCUACCCGGUAUUUUAAGGUACGAAGAUGGAAUAGAAAUUGACCAGGAAAUUGUUAUUGUAACAACAAAAGGAGAAGCCAUCGCUUUAGCUGUAGCAUUAAUGACGACAUCAACAAUGGCAUCUUGUGACCAUGGAGUCGCAGCCAAGCUAAAACGGGUUAUCAUGGAGAGGGACACGUAUCCACGCAAAUGGGGCCUCGGUCCGAAGGCAUCGCAGAAGAAGCAGCUAAUACAGCAAGGGAAAUUAGAUAAAUUCGGCAAACCUAAUGAAAAUACUCCAUCGGAAUGGUUGAACAGUUACAAGGACUAUAAUAAGGGGAAAGCGAAAGAAAACGGAACUGAUACUCAAGACGCAGAGGAGGAAGGCAGCAGAAAGCGUACAGCCAGCACCGCCAACGCUGACGACACUACCAACUCAAUUGAAGUGAAAUCGGAGAAAAAGAAGAAGAAAAAGAAACGUGACCUAGACGAAACUGCCGAGGGAGAGACAACAGAAGCUGCCGACACCACGAUGGAGGUGGCGGAGGACGGAGAACAGAAACAAAAGAAAAAGAAGAAGAAGAAGGACAAACAAAAAGAGCGAGAGGAGGAAUGAGGACUAUUUUGUUAAGUCAGUGAGAAUCAUAGUGAAAUCAGAUGCAAUUGGUACUAAUUUAGCUUUCUUAGUCAGCUGUACUCUCAGAGAUACAGAUAUGUCUGUGACUGUUUAAACAUUGCUUGCCAAGGGAUUAUAUUUCGGCGGGCCCUGAAAUGAUUGUAAUGUUCUAAUGUUUACUGUAAAACAUUUACUUAAAAUUACGAUUUUUAACUAAAUGAACCAUAUUAUGUAAUUGUAAUCAAAUCAAAAUGAAAUGGUCAUACUAUGUUGAAGGUCCAUGUACUUUUAAGCCGUUUAAAACAUUAUUUAGAGUGCUAUAUUUUCAAAAAAUGUAUAGAAUAGUCUUAAAAAUGCUAGAAGCAAUUGUUUAAGUAUAAUUUGCAUAAAGAAAAUUAUUUUAAUAGUUGAAACAUUGUAUGUAGGCAGUUCAAAAGCUAGAUACCUAUUUGACCACUUUGACUUAAUUUUUAUCCAGUACCAGUGCUAGACAUUGUAUGUAAUAGUAAUUGUUUCCAAAUGUAUUAAUAUUCUAGCAAGCUAGGCUCAUUAUUUUUACGUAUUUUCUUUUGCAUAUUAUUGCUAGACUAUUAAUAACUUUGAAAUUUUACAGUUAAAUAGGUAUAUGACUCCAUAUGUGCCAUUUUCAACCAAAAGGAUACUAAUGUUGGUUGUCAAUGAGGUGCUAUUUCUAUAAAACUUCAAUUUGAAAUCGACCUUAUCGACAAUCACCAAUGUGGUACCUUUAAGUUGAAAACGUCACAUAUUCUUAGACAAAUUGGCUAGAUAUUCCUAUGCUACGGGUUUUGCAUUUUUCUACUGACCCUAAAUAGUUGUUAGUCGCGUAUUUUUAAGUCAGAAGUGUUUUAUUUGAGAAGUUAAUAGUUUUAAGUUAGCUUUUAAGGAAUAUGUUGGAGUAAGUUUUAUCUUUAAACUGGUCAACAUUAAAAUUUAUAAAAU